AUGUCUAAACCGGAAGAUGGCCAAGUCCUUCCAGCUCCCUCUGCUGCAGCCAACACCUCCAAAAAGCGACCCCGCCAAAGCCUCCUGUUCACGCCGCGCAAGCGCUCCCACAAGCACUCAUCUAUCGGGACUACUCAGCGGAGAAAUGUCGACGAAAGGGUCAAGAAGCUUUGGGGUGUACCUUCUACAUUCUGCGUCGUCACCUUAGCCAGCGAACAUGUGACAUACUUGGAGUACGCGCAUCUCGUUGAGCGUGCGACAGACCCAGACAUUCUGACAAAGUUAGAAUGGUCAUGGGGCAUGCAGUACCAGGCGUUCAAUGUCCAUACGAGCCUCAAUAUUCAUCCCCUCGACGUAGUCCUGCGCAAACUUUUUGACCGCACAGAAGGGCAGAAACACAACGGGUGGUUUUGGCUUCCAGUCAUGGACAACGUGAUCCUCCAGAUGUGUCGAGCAUAUACGGGCUCCCCAACUGCUGGUGCGACUCCGAACUACCCCAGCGCACGUCGCAAGCCCCAGGAGUUCUAUCUCGGCAACAAAAAAUUCGCCUACACGCUAAUCCCCUUCCCCGCUAUGGACGGAACUCGUCCGAUCAGUGUAUUCCCCGAGGUCGUCUCCAAAUGUAACCCGCAUACUCCGAUGGAUAACUACCACUAUCCCUUCGACCUUCUGCCAAAUAGAUCGCUCCAUGUUCCGUACCAUCUCGUCAUCUGCAACACUGGGCGAAAGCUGUUCGGAUUCUACGAUCGGUGCCGCCCGACCGAAGCCUACCUCAAGCGCGAUUUCCCUAGUCUUGCCCCUAGGGAUUGCCGGCGAGUGCUCGAUGUCUGGGACAUCUACGAUGCAUGGAUGCACGCCGUACCGACUACCGAGUGGCAGGACGAUCCAGCCGGUGACGGCCAUGGUCGUGCCGGUUCUAGCUACGCCAGGGAAAUUGGAGAUGGCGAUGACCGCUCCGGCGAAGAACAACAGCAGAGAUGGCAAGGAUCCGGAGGGAGUGGCACAGGCUCCGGAUACCGCACUCCUCCAGGGCGUGCUCCCCCAUCCGAUGAGGAGUCAGCCUCGUGGAGUGGUGUGGGCGAAGGCGAGAGCGGCGAGGACGAGCCAGAAGAUGAAGGAGAAAUCGAGUAUGGGCCCUCCAUAGAGACCUGGGCAACGGAUGUCUGGGAAUCUAUGCAAGAGGAGGAAAUGGCACCUUCACCCUUCGACGAGACUUUCACGGUUGCUGCCCCGGGGACCCUCGACCUCUGA